AUGGAUCAGGAAUUUGCAUUGCCCUCUAUGAAAAAUGAAUAAAAAUAUAAUGAGUUUAUGGGCCAUAUUAGGCAACUUUUGGAUAGGAACAAAGUUAAAUCCUAAAAAGAUAUAAAUCCAUUGAGAAUUCCCAAUAAUUUCAUCUUAAAUAAGGGCACUAAGCAAGGUUCUAGGAUGAGGUUACUUGAAACCAAAAUCAAUGAUGAGUAAUAAUAAUAAAAAUAAGUGCAACAUUAAUAGAUUUUGAGUGAUCCCACAGAUUCAUAGACUUAAAGAGUAUUAUAGUAUUAACAACGGAUUGGGUUGGUAAGGAAACACGGCAAGACUGAGUUAUAAUUAAGAUAGAUUGCUUAGAAACAUAACAUAAAAUGGUGA